CACAAGCAGGCAACUCUAAGAUAUCCAUUGAACAAGAAAAACAUGUUACGGUGCCGCAAUCAAAGUUUUCAAUGGCAACCAACACGUCUCAAACCUCGGAAAAAUAUCAAACUAGCAAUGAAAUGGCUAUACAGAAGAAUGGACAGCCUCAAUUGGAAUUACUAUGUAAAAAAGAACUGUCAAAUUUUAGCAUGUCUGAUAACGGAGGAACGAAAAGUAAAACACUAAGCAGUUUAGGUGAGGAGAAUGGUAUGAUGCAACAGAAUCGAUCUAAUGAGGGCACUUCACCAAACAUAGAUAGUAAUCAUCAUGAGCAACAUCAUAAUAAUGUGAAUGUUUUAUAUGGUCUUGGUGAUCAUGCAGAAGAAUCAUUGCAAAUGUUAGACAAGAAAGCUGGUGAGUCGUCUAAUGAUGACAAUACUAUGCCGUUGCUGAACAAUAUUCGUGAAGUUGAAUGCAAUUCUAGUGCUGCCAGAUUUGCUGAAUGUCUAGCACAGAAGAGUGAUUUCUCUGAUGAUUUGGUUAAUGCAAUCAAAAGAAUCGAAUCUCGCAUUUUGGCCUUUAAAAUUUGUUCAAAUUUGGUUGAUUCCAGUAAGAACGGCACAGUUCGAGAUCUUUCACACAAAGUAGCUAAUUUGGGAAGUCCCAAACUACAGAGAAAAGACAGUGCUGCAAGAAGUCAGUUGAGUUCAAAAAGGCCUCUCUGGGAAGGACAUAGAUUAAUGAAUCAGCACACAUGUGAUUCAAGUUCUAAAGGUGAAAAUUUGAUUACAGCAAAUGCAGUUGAAGAACCAUUUUUAUCUCGAAAUGAAUCAUCGAAUCAGAGUCAGGUGGCUUAUCAAAAUUGUGGACUGCAUACAAAUCCAGAAUCUGCAAAAAGCAUUUAUAUACCAAAACAUAUUAGUACCCAAACGGUAUCAGUAAGAGAAGAAUUGAGAAGUGGAACUAGGAUCCAACCUUCAGUACAAAACACGGUCUUUGUAGAUAGAGUCAAGUCUUUGAAUAGGUUAGUUAGUGGUGAUUCUCAAUUUGGAAAUCAAGCUAGUGAGUGUAUUCAAGGUUUGAGGGUUCCUUUGAGUCAAGAUAAUCUUACUAAGAAGUCUUCCAUGUUAGGUAGUCAAACAAAUAGGGAAAGUUUAGUUAGAAAAACUCCAGUAGCAGGUUGGUCUAAGACUGAUCCGAAACAGAAGGAAAGGAAUUCUGAAUCUUCCCAUGCACAAAAAUUAGCAAAAUCCACACCCAAUGUUGCACGGAGAGAUAAGCUACCCCCUCAUCAGAUGGUAAUAAAACCAACUCUGUUAGAUCAGAGAUCAAGUGAGAUUAAGGUGAAUUCCCAUCAACAUAGAGAUGGGUCAGUUUUAGACAGGAGAGGAAGUCAUAAGACGGGACAUGCUGAACCUUCUAAGACAAGGGUUCGGCCACAACUUCAUGAACCAGAGGAAUCAAGUUCAAACUCUGACUCUUCUUCUCAAUCGACUUCUCAGCAAGACAGUGCCAAUACUAGUAGUCAAUCGGAGGACUCCUUGUCAGUUGGUACACAAGGUUCCAAAUCAGGAAGGAUGGUUGAUGCAUCAUAUGAAGGAAACUCAGAAGAGAGUAGUGAUUCAUAUCUUAAUAAGGAAGAUGACCCUUCAUAUAGAGUUGGAAGUUUUCAAUCUUAUGGACAUCGCAGUAAAGGAAAUCCUAAGAAAACAGUUGGAGGCCUAAAAAGACUGAAAAAUAAGCUGGGGCUAAUCUUUCACCAUCACCACCACCAUCAUCACCACCACCAUCUUGAUGGUGAUAAUGGUAGCACUCAUUCUUAUGAAGGUCCUAGACAUUCAAUGUGGAAUAAUUUACAGAAUGUUUUCCAUCACAAAAACAAACAUGGGAUGAUAACAAAUCAUAAAGAUGAGAAGACAAGGAGAGGGGCUAUUACAAAAUAUUCGCCUCGCAGAAACCAGGUUGGGCAGUUUCACAGACUUGUGGAAGGACUAUUGAGACAUAUCCGGCAUUCGAAAAAACCAAAGCCAUCCAAGAAUGGUUGGGUGAAAGGGUCUAAGAAUACUGCACAUGGACAUAGGAAAAAGAAGCCGCAUUGGUGGCAAAUCCUUCCACGACGCCGAGGAGUGAAGUUGAAAAACAAAGGCCGGGUUAAAAAAAUGGGGUUUAUAAGCCAAAAAUCACUUAAGAACUAAGUCUGAAUAUGCACAUUUGAAUUUCUGGUCUUUCAGGUAUUACCUUAUAUAGCUUGUGGGAUUACAGUUCCUUCAAUUUAGGACCUAUCAAAUAUUCUGAUCAGGUAUAUCCUUUGAUUUUCUUCUAUUCUUCUAGAUACUUUGGCUCUGUUGAAUGGCCACCUGGUGAAUCUCCCAAUUUGGUUAAUGCUGGCUUGGUGAUCCUGUAUAUGCACUGUCAUACGAAAAAUUGACACGAAAACUCUCUGCUUCUCAUGUUUCAAAUAUUUUUAUAUUGAUAUUAAUGUAUAAAUUCUUUGUUAAUUGUCAAUUUUAAAAAUGACAAUUCCUUCUUGAUGUUAGAAGAUCUAAGCAAUUUGGUAGAAUAUGCUUCGUUGUACUAUGCAUUUGUUAAAUAUAAUCUAUUCAUUUAU